AUGAACAACAAAAGUCAAACUAGUAAAAAACAACAAAAUUUUAUUAAAGGAAAAAUUAAAUCAAUGAAAUUGGAAUUGGAUAAACUUUUAUCGCAACCAUUAAUACCAAAAGGGGUUUCUACCAAAUAUUUAACAA